AUGUUUGCAAAGGAACAUCUAUGGGAUGCUAUAGAUUAUUGGAAGAGAAUUUUGUGGUCAGAUGAAACCAAAAUUAACUUGUUUGGUUCAGAUGGAAUGAUUUAUAUUUUAAUACCAAGAGGUAUGAUCUAUGAUGAAAAAUUUUUAAAUUCUACUAUUAAAUAUAGAGGAGAGAAUUUAAUGUUAUGGGUUGCUUCUCAUACAACGGUAUUGAGAAAAUAG